GUAUGAUCAUCACUAUUGGACAAGCCAUUGUGUAUGUCAUGACUGGGAUGUAUGGAGAUCCAUCAGAAAUGGGAGCAGGCAUCUGUCUACUGAUCAUUAUUCAGCUGUUUGUUGCUGGGUUGAUUGUGUUGCUGCUGGAUGAACUGCUGCAGAAAGGGUAUGGUCUUGGAUCUGGUAUCUCUCUCUUCAUUGCUACAAAUAUCUGUGAGACCAUUGUGUGGAAAGCUUUUAGCCCAACCACCGUGAACACAGGAAGAGGGACAGAGUUUGAGGGAUCGAUUAUUGCCUUGUUCCAUCUCCUGGCCACACGGCAGGACAAAGUCCGUGCUCUUCGUGAAGCCUUUUAUCGUCAGAACCUGCCAAAUCUGAUGAACCUUAUUGCCACCAUCUUUGUUUUUGCAGUAGUGAUAUACUUUCAGGGCUUCAGAGUGGAUCUCCCAAUCAAGUCUGCCCGUUACCGUGGACAAUACAACACCUAUCCCAUCAAGCUUUUCUACACCUCCAACAUUCCUAUCAUUCUCCAGUCUGCUCUAGUCUCCAAUCUGUAUGUCAUCUCUCAGAUGUUGUCUACAAGAUUCAGCGGCAAUUUUCUAGUCAAUCUGUUGGGGACAUGGUCUGAUAACACUGGUGGUGGUCCAGCCCGUGCGUAUCCAGUUGGAGGUCUGUGCUAUUACCUGUCCCCUCCAGAGUCAUUCAGUUCGGUGUUGGAUGACCCUGUUCAUGCGGUGAUUUAUAUUGUCUUCAUGUUGGGCUCCUGUGCUUUCUUCUCCAAGACCUGGAUCGAGGUGUCUGGUUCUUCUGCCAAAGAUGUAGCCAAACAGCUAAAAGAACAGCAGAUGGUGAUGCGAGGACAUAGAGAGACCUCAAUGGUCCAUGAACUUAACAGGUAUAUUCCCACUGCUGCAGCAUUCGGAGGCCUGUGUAUUGGUGCACUCUCAGUACUUGCUGACUUUCUGGGAGCCAUUGGUUCUGGGACUGGUAUCUUAUUGGCAGUGACCAUCAUUUACCAGUACUUUGAGAUCUUUGUGAAAGAGCAGAGUGAAGUGGGAAGCAUGGGAGCCCUGCUCUUCUAACAAUGUACCGACUCUCCUAUCCUUUUGAUUGUUUGAUAGUGUCCAGUCGAGAGAUUUCUGAAUUAUCACAGCAGGGAAGAACAUUUCUGACCCCUUUCUCACCCAGGGUAACUUUUUUUUCAAUUUUGAGAAUUCACCACUGAGUGGCUUAGGGCUAUUCUGCUUUUCAUUUGCUUUUGAUAUCGAGAGCUGAAAAAAAGCAUAUUUUGGAAUCUGUUUUGUUUAAAUUAUGGUUAAGAGCACAAAUUUCCACCAAGGGAAAGUUGUAUAUGCAUGUGGAGUGAGUCUGUGUGUGUGCGCGCGAACCUGUGUGUAUUCUUUCACUGAUUCAAACUUGCAACUGAAGGAUCCAGGCGGAAUGGAGGUUCCUUCUGAAUUGAAGCUUCUCAUUGCCUCAGUAGAUACAUUGUUAUCAGGUAUCCAGGUCAAGUGGUCUCUGGUUUGCUCUCUGAUCAUUUCCUGGCCUCAUAACUGGAAUACUGCGGUGGACAGUUGUGAAGGGAACACCAGACAGUACUCCUCCACCGUUAUCCACAGCAAUCACUGGGAAUGGAUUUGGAGGUCACAGGGAUCAGGCUCCAAUCCUGCUCUGGUGUAACUUGAGGUCAAUAUAGCAGUAUUGAAGCUCCGACACAAAGGCCUUGUUACCAUGGGCUGUUACCUCAGCAGAGAGUUGGCUUCCUGGGACGAAGACUGAGCUGAACAUCACAGCUUUGUCCUGGAUGUGAUGUCAGGAGGCCUG